GGGUCAACAAAGAAAUUAAGAAGGAAAUUGGAAAAUUUCUCAAAGCAAAUGAUAACGAAAACACAACAUACCAAAACCUGUGGGAUACAAUGAAAGCAGCACCAAGAGGGAAAUUUAUAGCUCUAAGUGCCUACGUCAAAAAAAGAAAGAGAAGAACUUCAAAUAAAUAACCUAAAACCUAAUGAUACAUCUUAAAGAACUAGAAAUGCUAAUAACCAGAAUAUAUAAGGAGCUCAAACAACUCUAUGGAAAAAAAUCUAAUAAUCCAAUUAAAAGAAGGGCAAAAUAUCUGAAUAGACUUUCUCAAAAGACAUACGAAUAACAGACAGGCAUAUGAAAAGGUGCUCAACAUCACUGAUCAUCAGAGAAAUGCAAAUCAGAACUACAAUGAGCUAUUAUCUUGCCCCAGUUACAAUGGCUUUUAUUCAAAAGACAAGCAAUAAAAAAUGCUAGCAAUGAUAUGGAGUAAAGGGAACCCUUGUACACUGUUGGCAGGAAUGUAAAUUAGUACAACCACAAUGAAGAACAGUUUGGAGAUUCCUCAAAAAACUAAAAAUAGAACUACCAUACAAUCCAGCAAUCCUACUGCUGGGUAUAUACCCAAAAGAAAGAAAAUCAGUACAUCAAAGAGAUAUCUGCACUCCCAUGUUUGUUGCAGAGCUGUUCACAACAGCCAAGAUUUGGACAUAACCUAAGUGUCCAUCAACAGAUGAAUGAAUGAAGAAAAGGUGGCACUUAUACACAAUAGAGUAUUAUUCAGCCAUAAAAAAAAUGAGAUUCUAUCAUUUGCAACAAUAUGGAUGGAGCCAAGGGUCAUCAUAUUAAGUGAAAUAAACCAGGCACAGGAAGAAAAACAUCACAUGUUCUCACUUAUUUGUGGGAUCUAAAAAUCAAAACAAUUGAACUCAUGGAGAUAAAGAAGAGAAGGAUGGUUCCCAGAAACUAGGAAGGGUAGUGGUGGGAUAGGGGAGAGGCGGGUAUACAGUUAAUGGGUAUAAAAAAAUAGAAAGAAUGAAUAAGACCUACUAUUCAACAGCACAAGGGGAUUAUAGUCAACAAUAAUUUAUUUACACAUUUUAAAGUAACUAAAAGAAUGCAAUUGGAUUGUUCGUAACACAAAGGAUAAAUGCUUGAGCGGAUGGAUACCCAAUUUUCUAUGAUAUGAUUAUUAUACAGUGCAUGCCUGUACUAAAAUGUCUCAUGUACCCCAUAUAUAUAUAUACACCUACUAUGUACCCACAAAAAUUAAAAAUUAAAAAAAAUAAUUCCCCAUUGCUCCCUGCCCCCAGAUCUUGAUAAUCCCUAAUCUACUUUCUGUCACUGAAUUUACCCAUUCUUGAUUUUUCAUGUAAAUGGCAUCAUACACAUAUGUCACUUUGUUUCUGGCUUAUUUUACUUAGCAUAAUGUUUCCAAGGUCCAUCUAUGUUGCAGCAUAUGUCAGAGCUUCACUCCAUUUUAAGGCUGAUUGACAUUCUGUUGUAUGUAUCACCAUAUUUGUUUAUCCAUUCAUGUGUUGAUGGACGCUUGGGUUGUUUCUACGUUUUACCUAUUGUGAAUAAUGCUGCAGUGAACAUUCCCAUGCAAGUAUCUGUUUGAGUCCCUGUUUUCAAUUCUUUGGACAUAUACCUAACAGUGAAAUUCCUAUUUCAUAUGACAAUUCUGUGAUUAGCUUUUAGCUUCCACAUAUUAGUAAGAACAUGUGGUGUUUAACUUUCUGUUCCUAGCCCAGUUCCAUUCAUGUUGCCACACGUGACAGGAUUUCAUUCUCAAGCCCCCAAAGACACCUCAUUGGGCCUUUGUUUUUUUGUUUUGUUUUGUUUUGUUUUUGUUUUUGUUUUUGUUUUUCAAACUUCUGGGACAGAUGGCUCCUUCUAAGGCAGCCCAUCCCCGUGGUGGACAGUUCUCUCGAAUCUUGACAGAAGUCCUCUAGACAACUCACAUCCUCUCCCUGGGCUCAUCCUGCACUGCAUGGAGCUGGGCAGCCUGGGGACCCGCAGUGAACAGGACCUGGGGUGACUUGACCUUGAAGCCUGGAGGUCAGAGCCCACGUCUGCCCAGAGGUCUGGGCCAGCUCACAUCAUGUGGACCCUGGUCAGCAUCCCUGGGGCAGUCCUUGACAAGGCUGCAGGUCUCAUCUUACCCUCCAGGGGGAGACAUUGCACACAGACAACACUCAGGAAACAGAUUCCCCUGGUCAUGAACCUGGCUUUGCUAAGGAGGUGAAGGUAGAGCCCACUUUCUCCAUCCUUUGCUCCAAAACACCCUUCUGGGCCCUCCCCAUGUACCUGCUCUGUCCCUUCCUGGGCCCUCUGAGGACCCUGUUCUGUGAGGGGUCCCUGUGCAGCUCCCCAUUCUCUCCUGGCACCACUCGUGGGGAAGGUGCAGUGACCACAGGACAAUCAGCCUUGCAGAGGACAGAGACCAACCAGGAUGGUCAGGGAGAACAUGGAAAGGCCUUGAGCCUCAGCUCAGCCAACAGACACGGCGAGGGAGGGUCCCCCUGAAGCCUUCCCCAAGGACAGUAGAGCCCAGAGCCACCCACCUCCCUCUAUCACAGUCCUCUCUUCCCAGGACACACAGGACACCUCCCCCUCCAUAUCCAAGAGCUGCAGCUCCAUCUGAGACCCCUGGGCCUGGGUCUCUCUCCCUGGGUUAGAGGCCAGGCUGGUGACACUAGAGACAGAGGGCUGGUCCCUCCCCAGUCAUCCCCAAGUGAGCCCCUUUCCAUCCCCCAGAGCCACCUCUGUCACCUUCCUGCUGGGUGUCUUCCUACCUUCCCAGCGCACUGGAGAGCAUGGGGAGACCUGGCAGCUCACUGUGUCGCAAAGAAAAUAAUUACCACAUUUGGAUAUGCCAGGGUUCUCUGUGUGCUGCUGACAGACCCAUAGCCAGGACACAAUAGAGGUCAGUGCUGGAGAGGGGGGAUCCUCCUCCCCUGAUGGGGACAGAGGUCCCAUCAGCCUUGAUUCUCAAAGUGUGGUCUGGAAAACCAAAAUGUAGACAGAAAGGAAAAAGAAAGUAAGGACAAAGAGGCAGGAAUGAGAGGAGAGGAAACAGCUUCCUGGACAAACCCCGCCCCAGCACACAUGAUCAGACAAAGCUCUGGGCCCCAGGGAGGAGGCUCAGCACAGACAGUGGAAAACAGCAGAGCUGACAGAGCUACCGUGCUUGAAGCGUUCCUGGAGCCCAAGCUCUCCUCCACAGGUGAAGACAGGGCCAGCAGCAGACACCAUGGGGCACCUCUCAGCCCCACUUCACAGAGUGCGUGUCCUCUGGCAGGGGCUUCUGCUCACAGCCUCACUUCUAACGUUCUGGAACCCGCCCACCACUGCCCAGCUCACUGUUGAAUCAACGCCAUUCAAUGUAGCGGUGGGGAAGGAAGUUCUUCUACUCGUCCACAAUCUGCCCCAGAAUCGUAUUGGCUACACCUGGUACAAAGGAGAAAGAGUGGAUGGCAACCAUUUAAUUGUAGCAUAUGCAAUUGGAACUGCACAAGCUACCCCAGGGCCCGCAUACAGCAGUCGAGAGACAGUAUACCCCAAUGCAUCCCUGCUGAUCCAGAACGUCACCCAGAAUGACACAGGCUUCUACACCCUACAAGUUGUAAAGUUAGAUCUUGUGAAUGAAGAAGUAACUGGACAGUUCCAUGUAUACCCGGAGCUGCCCAAGCCCUACAUCACCAGCAACAACUCCAACCCCGAGGAGGACAAGGAUGCUGUAACCUUCACCUGUGAACCUGAGGCUCAGGACCCAACCUACCUGUGGUGGGUAAAUGGUCAGAGCCUCCCAGUCAGUCCCAGGCUGCAGCUGUCCAAUGGCAACAGGACCCUCACUCUACUCAGUGUCACAAGGAAUGACACAGGACCCUAUGAGUGUGAAAUACAGAACCCAGUGAGUGCGAACCGCAGUGACCCAGUCACCUUGAAUGUCACCUAUGGCCCGGACACCCCCACCAUUUCCCCUUCAGACACCUAUUACCGUCCAGAGGCAAACCUCAACCUCUCCUGCUAUGCGGCCUCUAACCCACCUGCACAGUACUUCUGGCUUAUCAAUGGAACAUUCCAGCAAAGCACACAAGAGCUCUUUAUCCCCAACAUCACUGUGAAUAAUAGUGGAUCCUAUACCUGCCACGCCAAUAACUUAGUCACUGGCCGCAACAGGACCACAGUCAAGACAAUCAUAGUCUCUGAGCUAAGUCCAGUAGUAGCACAGCCCCAAAUCAAAGCCAGCAAGACCACAGUCACAGAAGAUAAGGACUCUGUGAACCUGACCUGCUCCACAAAUGACACUGGAAUCUCCAUCAGUUGGUUCUUCAAUAACCAGAGUCUCCCGUCCUCAGAGAGGAUGAAGCUGUCCCAGGGCAACACCACCCUCAGCAUAAACCCUGUCAAGAGGGAGGAUGCUGGGAAGUAUUGGUGUGAGGUCUUCAACCCAUUCAGUAAGAACCAAAGCGACCCCAUCAUGCUGACCGUAAACUAUAAUGAUCCAUCACCAGAAAAUGGCCUCUCACCUGGGGCCAUUGCUGGCAUUGUGAUUGGAGUACUGGCCCUGGUUGUUCUGAUAGCAGUAGCCCUGGCAUGUUUUCUGCAUUUCAGGAAGACUGGCAGGGCAAGCGACCAGCGUGAUCUCACAGAGCACAAACCCUCAGUCUCCAACCACACUCAGGACCACUCCAAUGACCCACCUAACAAGAUGAAUGAAGUUACUUAUUCCACCCUGAACUUUGAAGCCCAGCAACCCACACAACCAACUUCAGCCUCCCCAUCCCCAACAGCCACAGAAAUAAUUUAUUCAGAAGUAAAAAAGAAGUAAUGAAACCUGUCCUGCUCACUGCAGUGCUGAUGUAUUCCAAGUCUCUCACCCUCAUCACUAGGAGAUUCCUUUCCCCUGUAGGGGUAGGGGGGUGGGGACAGAAAUAAUUUUCUCCUACUCUUCCUUCCUAAUAGGCACCUCCAGGCUGCCUGGUUACUGCCCCUCCCUCAGUGUCAACAGACGAAAAGGUACAUUGGGAGUCUGUAGGAAACCCAACCUUCUUGUCACUGAAAUUUGGCAAAGCUGACUUUGGGCAACAGUGGCCAGAACUUCCCCUCCCUUCCCCUUUUCCCAACCUGGACUUGUUUUAAACUUGCCUGUACAGAGCACUCACUCCUUCCCACCCCAGUCCUGUUCUAUCAAUGUAAUUCGGAUUUGCCAUAGCCUUGAGGUUAUGUCCUUUUCCAUUAAGUACAUGUGCCAGAAAACAAGAGAGAGAGAGAAAGUAAAGGCAGUAAUGCCUUCUCCUAUUUCUCCAAAGCCUUGUGUAAACUCACCAAACCCAAGAAAAUCAAAUAUAUAACCAACAGUGAAAUUCCACACCUUUGUCCACUGUCAGGGUUGUCUACCUGUAGGAUCAGGGUCUAAGCACCUUGAUGGUUAGCUAGAAUACCACCUAGUCCUUCUGGCAAGCCUGUCUUCAGAGAACCCACUAGAAGCAACUAGGAAAAUCACUUGCCAAAAUCCAAGGCAAUUCCUGAUGGAAAAUACAAAAGCACAGAUAUAAUAUCUUUAUGGGCUCUAUUCAAGGCAGUGCUGAGAGGGAGGGGUUAUAGCUUUAGGAGGGAACCAGCUUCUGAUAAACACAAUCUGCUAGGAACUUGGGAAAGGAAUCAGAGAUCUGCCCUUCAGCAAUUAUUUAAAUUAUUGUUAAAGAAUACACAAUUUGGGAUAUUGGGAUUUUUCUCCUUUUCUCUUGAGACAUUCCAACAUUUUAAUUUUUGUAACUGCUUAUUUAUGUGAAAAGGGUUAUUUUUACUUAGCUUAGCUAUGUAAGCCAAUCCGAUUGCCUUAGAUGAAAGAAACCACCAAAAUCCCUCAAGUCCCUUGGUCAGGAGCCUCUCAAGGUUUUUUUUGUCAGAGGCUCCAAAUAGAAAAUAAGAAAAGGUUUUCUUCAUUCAUGGCUAGAGCUAGAUUUAACUCAGUUUCUAGGCACCUCAGACCAAUCAUCAACUACCAUUCUAUUCCAUGUUUGCACCUGUGCAUUUUCUGUUUGCCCCCAUUCACUUUGUCAGGAAACCUUGGCCUCUGCUAAGGUAUAUUUGGUCCUUGAGAAGUGGGAGCACCCUACAGGGACACUAUCACUCAUGCUGGUGGCAUUGUUUACAGCUAGAAAGCUGCACUGGUGCUAAUGCCCCUUGGGGAAACGGGGCUGUGAGGAGGAAGAUUAUAACUUAGGCCUAGCCUUUUUUAACAGCCUCUGAAAUUUAUCUUUUCUUCUAUGGGGUCUAUAAAUGUAUCUUAUAAUAAAAAGGAAAGACAGGGGCCGGGCGCAGUGGCUCACGCUUGUAAUCCCAGCACUUUGGGAGGCCGAGGCGGGUGGAUCACGAGGUCAGGAGAUCGAGACCACAGUGAAACCCUGUCUCUACUAAAAAUACAAAAAAUUAGCCGGGCGUGGUGGCAGGCGCCUGUAGUCCCAGCUACUCGGAGAGGCUGAGGCAGGAGAAUGGCGUGAACCCAGGAGACGGAGCUUGCAGUGAGCCGAGAUUGCGCCACUGCACUCCAGCCUGGGUGACAGAGCGAGACUCCGUCUCAAAAAAAAAAAGGAAGGACAGGAGGAAGACAGGCAAAUGUACUUCUCAUCCAGUCUUCUACACAGAUGGAAUCCCUUUGGGGCUAAGAGAAAGGUUUUAUUCUAUAUUGCUUACCUGAUCUCAGGUUAGGCCUAAGAGGCUUUCUCCAACAGGAUUAGCUUGGAGUUCUCUAUACUCAGGUACCUCUUUCAGGGUUUUCUAACCCUGACAUGGACUGUGCAUACCUUCCCUCAUCCAUGCUGUGCUGUGUUAUUUAAUUUUUCCUGGCUAAGACCAUGUCUGAAUUAUGUAUGAAAAUUGUUCUAUGUUUUUAUAAUAAAAAUAAUAUAUCAGAUAUCGA